AGAGAGGCAGUGAUAGAAAGAGAAGAGCGAGCGAGGCAGAUGACUUGGUGGAUUUAGGAAACAACAACAAUCCAGAUUCAGACGAGCGCUGAAACGAGGGAGGACAAAGGGAAGAGGAGAGGAACCGUUUUUCUCCUGCUUGUGUUUUUCCUCCUCAUCUUCAGGUCGCAGCGGAGAGAGGAGAGAUCUUCACUGUGUGUUGUGUCUGCCGAGUGUGUGUUUGUGUGUCUGUGUGUCUCUGAGCGUUAGCCCCUUCGCUUGUUUCCAGGCUACAGAGAAAUCUCCUCCUCUCCUCUGCUCCUCUGAUCUUCCAUCAUUUGAUGUGGUGGGGGUGCAGCAGGAUGCUGUAAUGUCUGACUGAGCCGCUCGCCGCUCUGUGGGCCUCUGGGAGCGAAGCCUAGGCCUCAGCCGUCUGGAGCGCCCUGCUGCGAGGCCGAGGCCACGGGCCGGCGAGCUCCCGGCUGCGAGGCUGCGGAGCAGGAAGGUGGAGGAGGAGGUGGAGGAGGUGGAGGAGCCUGCACGGCCAUGGGGAGCAGCGUGCACGGCAGCUGCGUUGCUCACUCCAGAGCCGUCGCCGAGGCCUAGAUCCGCUCUACGUACCGUGAUGCUCUCUGUGAUGUGCUGUUUUUAAGUCGAGGAGCUGUUACAUCCUGAGCUAAGAGGAGAGGGAGGCCCUGCACCUCCAUGGUACCUGAGUCAGACGAGGCCUCCGCCCUCCUCGCUCCCUCGGAGUGAACCGGGCCCUUGUCUCUUUCUGUUUCUUGACGUUCUAAGGAUUUGCCUAAACCUGUUUCAUGCAUGUCCACUGGAGGCAGGUUUGACUUUGAUGAUGGGGGGUCGUACUGCGGGGGGUGGGAGCAGGGUAAGGCCCACGGCCGAGGGGUCUGCACGGGGCCCCAGGGUCAGGGCGAGUACGCAGGGGCCUGGAGCCACGGCUUCGAGGUCCUGGGCGUGUACACGUGGCCCAGUGGGAACAGCUACCAGGGCACCUGGGCGCAGGGCAAGCGCCACGGCAUCGGCGUGGAGAGCAAGGGCCGCUGGGAGUACCGGGGCGAGUGGACGCAGGGGUUCAAGGGUCGCUACGGGCAGCUGGAGAGCACGGCCAGCGGGGCCCGGUACGAGGGGACGUGGAGCAACGGCCUGCAGGACGGAUACGGCACAGAAACCUACUCUGACGGAGGAACCUACCAAGGCCAGUGGUUGGGUGGGAUGCGUCACGGUUAUGGCGUGCGGCAGAGUGUACCGUACGGCAUGGCGGCCAUCAUCCUCUUCCCUCUGCGAACAUCAAUAAACUCCCUCCGCUCCGAGCACAGCCACGGCCCCCCCGCUGUGCUGGAGGACGGCACCCCCACCGCGCCCACAGAUGGGGUGGUGGCCGGGCUGGCCGGGAGCCCAGUGGGCCGAGGUGGGUUUGCUCUGACGGCGCCGAGUGAAGCUGAACGCCAGAGGAAAAGAAAAGGUCGUUUCCGUCAGUCCAUCCUGAGCGGCCUGAAGCUGCGACGCUCCGAGUCCAAGAGCUCGCUGGCCAGUCAGCUCAGCAAGCAGAGCUCCUUCUGCAGCGAGGCCGGCAUGAGCACCGUCAGCUCCGCCGCCUCCGACAUCCACUCCAACGCCAGCGAGAGCGAGCAGGGCCCCCCUGUGGACGCCACUGUCACUGAAAUGUAUGCAGGGGAGUGGCGGAGCGACCAGAGGGCGGGCUGGGGCGUGAGCCGGCGUUCGGACGGCCUCCAUUACUCAGGCGAAUGGGUGGGGAACAAGAGGCACGGAUACGGCUGCACCACCUUCCCAGACAGCACCAAGGAGGAGGGGAAGUACAAGCAGAACGUGCUGGUCAGCGGAAAACGCAAGAACCUGAUUCCACUGAGGGCCAGUAAGAUCCGAGAGAAGGUGGACCGAGCGGUGGAAGCUGCUGAGAAGGCCUCAGACCUCGCCAAGCAGAAAGCAGAGAUCGCCAUGUCCAGGAUGAGUCACGCCCGAGGGAAGGCGGAGGCGGCGGAAGGAGUCGCCCUCAAAGCCACAGACGAGUGUCGCCUGGCCCGGAUCACUGCCAAGGAGCUGUCCCCCUCCUUCCACAUCUACGGGAAUGGGCUCGAAUGUCAAAGGCCGUCUCACCAGGACGUCAGGGACAAAGACCACGAGGUCAUGUCCACGGGAACAGACAGUCCGGAGCUGUGCACGCCGGACACCACGCCCCCUGUGAUAACCCCUGACCUCAGCCCCGUGCUGAGCGUACCCACCUCGCCGCCCCACAGCCCCCCCAAGCACGGCCAUCGCCCCAGAAAUGCUUGCUUCAUGCGCCAGAGUGCCGUGGAUGAUCAGGGCGGGGCCGAGAUCCAGGUGCUGGUGGAGGGGCGGGGGGUGGACCUGCCGAGCGGAGGGGCUAACAACUGGACCGAUGACAUGUACCCGGAGCGGGGGGGCAGCAGCCGCUCCACCACGCCCUCCCUUCUGGAGGAGCAGGAGGCCCAGAUUAACGGCCACGAGCAAACGCCUCUGUCCAACCACAAACCACGGGAGAAGUCCUCGUCCAAUCACAAGUCCCGGGAACACGCCUCCUCCUACAGAGCGUGGGAGCACUCCCUGUCCAACCAAAAGCCCUCCAAACACGCCUCAUCCAAUCACAAGUCGAGGGAGUACUCAUCCUCCAAUCACAAAACAUGGGAUCAUUCUUCGUCCAAUCAUAAGCCCUGCGAGCACGCCUCUUCCAACUACAAGCCGCAGGUGCACAUUUUAUCCAAUCACAAAGCCUUGGAACAUAACAUGUCCAAUCACAAGACUUCUGAGCAUGCUUCUUCCAAUCACAAGUCCCAAGAUUAUAUCUCCUCUAAUCACAAUGCAAAGGACCAGGUGUCCUCUACUUAUAACCCUCGAGAGCAUGUCUACUCCAACCACCAUCCGAAGCAGCACAACCCGUCCAACCACAAGCUGAACGAGCACGCCGGAACCGACCAAAGGCUGGACGGCCUCACCGUGGGCUGGACCGCUGAGAGCACCCUGAGGUGGAGCCCCGCCCACUCGCGCCUCACCGAGCAGGACGAGGAGCGGAUGAAUGACUAUACGGUGGACAUGAGGCUGCAGUGUCCGGACUCACAGCCGCCUCAGAACAACCGGCUGCGAGCCCGAGGCCUGCGGCCGGUCAGAGAAGGAUCCAUGGACUCUGUACAGAUGCUGGACAACCUGAAUGUGGGGGCGGAGCUGGAGGAGUGGCCGCUGCACAGGGACCUCACCCUCUCCCCGCCCCUCAAGUCUCAACCCAUCACCCUGGAGCAGGAAGGAGAUCAUCUCACGCUCAAAUCAAACUCAGGCUCCAGCUCUAUUCUGGUGGUUAUGGUCAUUUUACUCAAUAUUGGAGUAGCCAUUCUUUUCAUUCACUUCUUUAUUUAAGCUUAUACAGGUAUGAUCUACUAAGACUUAUUGAUAACUAUGGUAUAAUAUAUUAUUCCUUACUGGGACGGACAUGUUGCUGAUUGGACUGGAGCCCACAGCCGGAGCGACGGACACAUCAGAGCCUUUCUACUGUUGCUACCGGACUCUUCUCCUCUGUCAGCUCCAGGUUCAGCUUCUCUGAGAACUCUCCCUUUUCCAACGCUUGUUUUGAGCUUGUAACCACAGAGAAGGUUUAUCGGUGGAAGACGGUGCAGCUUCAGACGAGCGUGGUGCACCAGGACCAUGUGACUGGGUGUCAUCACGUGCUGCUGACGGGACUGGAGAUGGCACAGGCAUCCAUUUUAUUUUCCACCGCUUUAGAUAAGAAUAUAGCAACUCUUGUUUCCUGGUUAUCGUGAGAACCAUGACACACUCACUUCCUCCACACACAAUAACCCCCUUUGCCUUUGACCCUUCGCCCUCUCAGUUCACCAGCCCCUCCGCACUAUGCGCUACAUACAGAACUAUGCUGCAAGAGUAGAUCCAUUUUAAAGGGCUCCGUCAUUAUUCUUUUCUUAUUUUUCCACAAACAUAAACACACAACCAUUGCAUGAGGCUGUGUGGGAUUUUAAAAGUGCAUUUUCUAUCCCUUUAACAUCACCGUUCUGUCCUCAUUUGUACGCACUCAUCCCGACUGUCACUUCUUGUCACUGCACCUGUCGGCAGGAGAUUUGGAAAUCACUUCAGGUCCGACCACGUCACAGAAUCUGACCCAAUCGGAUUCACGUUUGAUCCGCGAAUCAAACGUCCUGGACCGACGCCGGCCAGGACCCGAGGCUCUGACCCCUCGAGGAACAUCCACCAGUUCAUCGUGAAGUGAAGUGAAAUUUGAUGUCGACCCACAUGACGCACACAUUCGCACGCAAAGAGAAAACCACAUAGACACAUGUACCUGCUGACAUACUGAGGAGGAUUCAGCCUUGCCCCUUUGUACAGCCUUGAGACUGUUAUGUUAUAACUACUAAUUCUAAUAUAUAUGUGUAUGUGUCAUUAUUAUUCAAGUUUCUUACUUUUGCAGUUUGCAAGACAGAGAGAAUGCUGAGUGCCUCGUAUUUAUCCAUUUUCCUCCUCAAAUUGAUUUGACCCGCGGCCCUAUCAAGCCCCCUGGUGGGCAGACGACGAGGAGACGAGCCUUCACCAUUAGGGAAGGUGACCCCCCCCACCCUCCUACAUGCAACCCUCCUCCUCACCCUGAAAUGGCAUGCACUGUUUGGUCUCUCUCCCACUCCCCCUGGUGGACCAGUCCAAGAGGGAACCACAGGGUUUGUACGGUGUCAUUUCCAGGCACUCUUUGGGCCGGAUGAGAUUUCAGCAUGUUUGUUUGGCCUGCUCCAUCUGGUGUCGCUCUGUGAGUUCCUCCCUCUCGUCUCUUUGUCCAGCAACACGAGGCUACGUGAGACAUGGAGGGCGGUGUAAAAUAAACGCUAGCUUUUAACUCCAGUGGACACUGACCAUGUCCCGAGUUUAUGAAUGAUAUAAAAAGAAACUCUCUGCUACUGUAUGUUUUAUACUUCGCACCCAGUGGCAUCAUCAUGUUGUGACAUCAUUGCAUGCCCGAGCAUGCUCUUUCUUACUCUUUGGUUUAUGAGGUUGUUUCAAAGUUAAUGUGGAGAAAAUAAUGAAAUGUUUGAAAUGAA